AUGAGGAUAACUGGCAAGGUGUGGCUGCUGUGUCUGGCGGCGUUUGCCGUCGCGAUAUCGACCGUAUUUGCCAGCCCACUGGACGACAAUGCCCGGGCGGCACUGUUCCGCCGAAUGCGCCCCGGCGGAGGCCCCAAAGUCUAUAAGCACGAGGACCAGAGCCGCCCAGGCGUACCGGUGGCGGACAACCAGGACAAACCGCCGACGGAGGAGCGCAAGCUACACUCGAAGGAGCUCACCGACGAGGAACCAACCACGGCAGCGACCACCGCCGCCCCGGCGCCACCAAAGGGUGGCCUUAAUCGGUUGUUUGCGCGCAAAAAGUACACCCCACUGCAGAGAGAUACCGGCAAGGGUGUGUCCACGACGGAGGCAGCUGCCGGUGCAUCGGCCACGACCAGCACGACGGUCGCCACCAGCGAGACCGAGGAUGGUGCGACGUCCUCCGGUACUACGCGCCGCACGAGACCAACGCGCCCGGGCAAGUUGCCCCGUUCGACCACGCCGAAGCCAACCGUGUCGGUGAAGCCCACGAAGAUAUCGUCCCGCUUUUCGAAGCCCACGGUCGAGCCCACCGAAAGCACGGUGGCCAGCGUAACGUCCCGCACGACGCGUGGCCGUCGUACGCGUCCGUCGAAACCCUCGAAGCCCCUGCCUGGGGCCAGCACGUCGACAACCACCGAGGAACCGACGACUACCACCACAACGACAACGACCACUACCACUACGCCUGCACCCACUACGACGACCACAACCACCACGACGACGACGACGACCACUGUAGCACCUAGUACAUCUUCCAGCCCAUCUUUCCCAUCCGUACCCUCAGUGCCCGGCACGGAAGUCAACGCGGAGAAAGUGUCCGCCCAAUCGGACGUUGCCGAAAGUUCACCCAGUUCGACCGCUUCCUCGGCAUCGUCGAGCACGACGACAACCACAGCAACCAUCCCCACAGUGGCAGCCGCCUCGUCCGACCCAUCCACAACGGCCGCACCAUCCGUCGCGAAAGAUGCCACCGGAGAUGAGGCGGUCCCGGUUAGAAGUGCACCGAAACCGGAACGGAUUAUCCCGGUGGUCGAGCGGCAGGAUGAGCUAACCGGAAACGAGAGUCUGCUACAGUCGGCCGGCUACGAUUCGUCUGCCGAAGAGGAGCAGUAGUAACGCCGGGGUGGACGGUCCAGCAUGGUCCAGCGCAAGGCGUGUGUUGAGUGCGUGUGUGUUUGUGUGAUAAGAGGAUGUGAGAGAAUAUAACAAUUUGUUUGUACUAUUAUUACCUGCAUACUCGUUUCGCUUGCUUCCAGGGCGAGGUUUUUUUAACCACCACCCCCC